GCGGGGAGAGAGACCUACGAGGGUGACUAGCACGCAGUAGAGAGCUCAUUCCAGAUCGCGGAGAGGCAUAGAGCGGUCGACGAUGGAGAGCUGCCGGUGCUACCACUGCCUCGUGAGGAUGGUGUCCGAGUACAACUUACAGAAUGAACGGAAUGAGGUGCCAUUCCCGACAACACCACCAGGAUCUCCACCAAGGGAGCCAUCCUAUGUGGAACUGGGGACGCCACCUCCGUCGCCAGAGCUGUCACCGCUGCACGCCAUGUACCCUAUGUGGCGGCCAUAUUCACUACCCUGGGCGUUGGUGGAACGACCGCCGACACCACCUCAACCCAGGAUGGAACCGGAGUCUCCCCCACCCUUCAUUCAGUUGGGGACUCCACCCAGGUCGCCUACACCGGUGGAAUGGCUGCCUACAACCCCGCCCGGAAGUCCACCACGGUGUAGGUCACCGAUACCCAGGGCGCAGUCUCCCGAGCCCAGGGUAGAGGAGAGAGAGCCGGCGGGACCUCCACCAGAGGCGCAGCCACCGCCCGCUCACGGUCGGCGUCGCUGCCAUCGACGGCGGCGCGUAACUUUAAAUUUAACUCUGAAUUUUAUUUUUAAUAAUCAAUAAAUUUUUUAUUUUUUUGUAAAUUAGUAUAUUUAUUUUGCGUAUCCUGUAUAGAAAUUGUUACGACUGCGUUAGAGUAAGAGUGUUGCGCAUGCGUGAAUAGGUGGGGGAAAAUUUAAGAGUAGGGAUGCGUGAUAGGUUGGAGUGAGGGUAAAUGGUCUAGUGCGCAUGCGUGAAAGGUAGGAGUGGGGAUUUCGGGGUAUAUAUUCAGGGAUUUUGGCGAGUUUAGUCAGUAGCUGUUCUGUUCACAGAUUCAGCGGUUCCAACAGCAGCAGCAGCAUCAGCAGAUUCCCCUUGCCAUUACUAAUUGUCUUUUUUGUUAUAUUUACUGUCUUUUUUGUUAUAUUUACUGUCUUUUUUGUUACAUUUACUGUGUUUAUUGCAUUUACUUUGUAUUGGUUUGUAGGUUAAGUUCUUUAGUUUGUAAGUUCGUUUUGUUUAGUAUAAGUAUUUUAGUUUGUAAGUUCAUUCUUUUGUUAGUUUGUAAGUGUGUUCUUUUUUUAGUUUGUAAGUGUGUUCUUUUGUUAGCUUGUAAGUGUGUUCUUUAUUCUUUUUUGUUAGUUUGUAAGUGUAAUUUCAGGUGCAGAGAUGAAGCGGAAGGCGACGACCACCGAUGGACCACCACGUAAGUAUCCGAAUUACGGUACUAUUCUCGACGAGAGUGACAUCACUGUCACUCUCAUUAAAGAAGCCCUUGAGUUGAUACCUUAUUUAAGUAACGUAAAUGAGAGACGCUCUUU